AUGGCAGCCUCUCGAGACCCCUUUGCCCUGCAUUGGUCGCUCUAUCCUCGUCAUUACGUAGCACCCAAACUGACCACUCCUCUGGUGAUUGAUGGAAACAUUGACAAGGAUCCGUGGAAACAAGUUCCUUUUUCCGAUUAUUUUGAUGAAAUCAGAGGAGCUACCGAUGCUCCACCGGGAACGCGUCCCGAUCAGGACGCACAAGGCACGCGCAUGAAGAUGCUCUGGGAUGAUGACUAUCUCUAUGUCGCUGCCAUGCUGCAGUCCAACUUUACCACCCAAGCCCAUUUUACCAAACGGAAUUCUCCCAUUUUUCAAAAGGAUUCCGAUUUUGAAGUCUUUAUCGAUGCCCCCGCCAAUUGUCACGAUUACAAGGAAUUGGAAGUCAAUGCCAUCAACACAGUAUGGAAUCUCUUGUUGGACAAACCCUACGAUGACGGUGGGAGUGAACACAGUGGUCGGAUUGCCCAACCAGGGGAUAAACAGUACUACGAAGUCCAACACCAAACCACCGCCACAAAAGUCAUUCACGGGAAACUCAAUGACGACAAGGAAGGUGCCACUUGGACGGUCGAAUGUGCUCUGGCAUUUUCCGAUCUCUUGGCCAAUACCACUACUAGCACCAACACAAAACCACCCAAAGUAGGUCACAAGUGGAGAAUCAACUUUUCCAGAGUCGAGCACGAGGGGGAUACCAAUUGGACCUGGCAAGCCCAACGCAUUUGGGAUCCAGUGGCCAAACAAGUCAAGGGAAAGGUGGCCAUGCAUUUGCCAGAUGCCUGGGGAUAUGUCGAAUUUGGAAAGCAACAACUAGUAGAGGAUGGUACUAGUCAACAAACACCACCACCAAUGGGCGACUUGAGAUUCGAUCAAUUGACAGACGAGCAACGAGAUGCCUCGUGGCCGGCUCGAUUGGCCGCCAUGAACAUUUACUAUGCCCAACGACGAUACGCCGAGCUCCACCAGGGACAGUAUGCUGCCACAGUGGCAGACUUGAAGGAACUGACAGACGAACGGAUUCUCAAGCCAUUCCAAUCCAACAAGAACGACAAAACUGGUCACGGUGGCAUUACCAUUACACUGGGUCACAAGUUGUACGUGGCCACUGUCACGGCACCGGACAAUUCGCUCAAGGCCACGGUCAAUCAUGAACGAUUGUUGACCGUCAAUUAUCAUUUGCAAGAAACAGCCACAGAUUGA